AUGCGAUUAAUAAAGAUUUACCUUCGUUACUAUCCACCAGGAAUUGCUCUGAACUACCAGAAGAAAGGUAUCGAAGGAACGAAAAUGAUAGAUUUGUUCGAUCUUACUCCAAGCUGUGAUCUCCAAGUGCUAACGAAGCAAAUUGCAUCCACCGAACCACUUAUUACGCAAGAAGUAUUCCCCCAGGUUACGGAAAUAUUGGAAAAGCUUCAGAAGAAGCUGAAGGAACCAGUGAAGACAAAGUUUUAUCUAUUCAAAACGCUACAAACGCACAUUCUACCACUGACGAACGUGUGCUUCGACAAGUCCGGAAAGAAAUGUAUUACCGGUUCUUACGACCGCACCUGUCGCAUAUGGAACGUGGAGAGCGGUGACGAGCAAAAGGUUCUUAAAGGGCACGAAAAUGUUGUCUUCUCUGUAGCGUACAACUAUCCCAGAUGUGACCGGAUACUGACGGGAUCGUUUGACAAAACUGCCAAGAUAUGGAAUCCCGUCUCGGGCAACUGUAUCAACACACUUUGGGGACAUACGGCCGAAAUCGUAGGUGCCGAGUUUAAUCCACAUCAGUGCGAGUUGGUCGCGACGUGCAGCAUGGACAAUACGGCCCGCGUGUUCCACUCCGAAACAGGCCAGGAGAUACAUCUGUUUGCGGAUCACUCGGCCGAAGUUAUAUCCGCACGGUUCAACAAGGAAGGAACGCUGCUGCUAACGGCCUCGUUCGACGAAACUGCCACCGUGUGGGAUAUGCGAGCGAAGGAGCAUGCGAUCGUUAUCCGAGGCCAUGAGGCGGAACUGAGUAACGCUGUGUGGAACUUCCAGUGCAACCGAAUUGCGACCAGUUCUCUUGAUCGGACGGCCAAGAUCUGGGAUCUUAGACGUCUGGACGAUGCGCAGGCAACGGCCACCCAUAAGGACGAGGUGCUUGAUGUUGCGUUCAACUGUACCGGUACCCGGUUGGCCACCGGUAGUGCGGAUUGUACCGCCAAAGUGUGGGACGUUACCGGUAACUUCGAGCUGGUCACCAUUAUGGCGGGCCAUACGGAUGAGGUGUCCAAGGUGACGUUCAGCCCACCGGGAGGGUUGUUGCUGACCGCAUCGGCAGACAAGACGGCCCGCAUCUGGAACUCGGGCACCGGUACCUGCACCCAAACGCUGUCCGGGCACGAUGGGGAGGUGUUUUCCUGCUCGUUCAACUACUCGGGCGAUGCCAUCAUUACCGCAUCGAAGGACAACACGUGUAAGAUAUGGAGAUGA